GGAAGCUCUGAUUGAACUCGGUCUAUCUUGACACGGAGCCUCAGAUCCUGUCCAACUCUCUGACUCUGGAUCUGUCGUCCUCCUGUUUGUCUCUGUCUCUUCACCAUGGAGCGGAAAGUUGCUCGGGAAUUUCGACACAAGGUGGAGUUGCUGAUUGAAAAUGAAGCGGAGAAGGAUUACCUGUACGACGUCCUCCGCAUGUAUCACCAGUCGAUGGAUCUACCGGUGCUGGUUGGGGACCUGAAGCUGGUGAUCAACGAGCCAAAGCGUUUGCCCCUGUUCGACGCCAUCCGACCUCUCAUCCCACUCAAACACCAGGUGGAGUACGACCUCCUCACACCCAAGAGGUCACGGAAGCUCAAAGAGGUGCGUUUGGACCGGACUCAUCGUGACGGACUUGGUCUGAGUGUCCGAGGAGGGCUGGAGUUUGGCAGCGGCCUCUACAUAUCACAGAUCGUCAAAGACGGUCAGGCCGGGAACGUCGGCCUUCAGCUCGGUGACGAGAUCGUGCGUAUAAAUGGAUACUCCAUUUCCUCCUGUAUCCACGAGGAGGUCAUCAGUCUCAUCAAGACCAAGAAGAUCGUGUCGCUCAAAGUUCGACAUGUGGGGAUGAUCCCAGUGAAAAGUUCAUCAGAUGAGCCGCUGAAGUGGCAGUUCGUUGACCAGUUUGUGUCUGAGUCAGGGGAGAAAAAAAACAGCAUUGCCGGCUUGGCAUCGAUCGGAGGGAAGGAGAUCAAGGAGAAGAAGGUUUUCCUCAGUCUUGUGGGCACAAAGGGAAUGGGCAUCAGCAUCUCCAGCGGCCCCACACAGAAACCUGGUAUCUACAUCAGUAACGUCAAACCUGGCUCUCUCUCUGCAGAAGUUGGACUUCAGAUUGGAGACCAGAUUGUGGAGGUGAAUGGGGUCGAUUUUACCAUCACGGACCACAAAGAGGCUGUGAGAGUCUUGAAGAGCAGCAGGAGUCUGACUAUUACUGUUCUGACGGGAGCUGGCAGCGAGCUGUUCAUGACAGACGAGGAGCGGCUGGCCGUGGAGUCUCGCCGGGAGCUGGAUAGGCAGGAGCUGAUGCACCAGAAGAGGGUGGCACUGGAGACCAACAAAAUCCUUAAAGAUCAGCAGGAGAAGGAGAAGCAGAGGAAGAUGGAAAUUUCUCAGAAAGCGGCAGAAGAAGAGGAGCGCUAUCAGCAGGAGAUGGAGAAGAUUGAUGCCGCGGAGAAGAAGCACAGCAGAGAGUGGGAGGAGGACUGGGGCAACAAAAACAGGCCGAAGAGCCCGAAGAGCCCGUCACCUGCCCCACCUGAAUUAAAAACCACCGAGAAGACGAAGAGCUCUCCUUUCGGCUGGUUUUAUCGAUAUGAGGGGAAACUGCCGUCACUCCGCAAGAAGGGAGAAAAGAAGAAGAAAAAGAAGAAGGUGUCCAACACAGACACGCUCCAGGAGCAGAGGAAAAACAAGAAGGAGAUGGAGUUUGAGCUGAAACUCGCCAAGGAGAAAGAAGGGAUGCACGAACGAGAGAAGCAGCUGAAGAUCAAUAGGCUGGUGCAGGAGGUUUCAGAGACGGAGAGAGAAGACCUGGAGGAGUCUGAGAAAGUGCAGCACUGGGUUGAGCGUCUUUGUCAAACUCGGUUGGAGCAGAUCUCCUGUGUGGAGAACGAAUCCCCAGAGCUCUCCCCGCCACGCUCUCCUGCCUCCGAGCCCAAGGUGAGGCGUUUCCCUGGUGGCCUCCAUCUGGCCACCACCGACCUGGAUGACAUCAACCUGGAUGAGGUUGAUCAGAGCCUGAGGGGCCCACUGAGGAGACUGGCCCCCACCCAGCCCAGCACCAGCCAGCCUCCCCCUCCCUUACCUCUCCCUCCCCCUUCACCCAAACUGAACCCCACCAUCCCCAACUACUCUCCUCCUCCCUCUCGAGCACCGGCUCAGCGCAGACCUCCGUCUCCACCUCUUGCCAGGAAACCUCCCAUCGGCCCCUCUACCUUGACCAACAAGGGGCGCAGGCCUCACCCACAGCCUCACCCUCAGCCUCACCCUCACCCACAGUCCCACCCUCAGCCUCACCCUCAGCCUCACCCUCCGCAAACCCAUCUCGCUAGCCACCCCUCCUCCCACUACCCUCCCCAGUUUCAGUCGUCGUGGCCUCCAUCCUCGCCUCAGCCUACUCCCCGGCCUCCUCCUCCUCCGCCGCCACCCCCUCCUCCUCCGCCACCUCCGCCUCCCCCUCCACCCCCACCUCCGCAGCACUCUGAAGACAGGAUGGGCUCCCUUGGUUUGUACCGCCAGCAUCCUCACCAUCCUCACCAUCACCCCCAACACCCUCCCAGUCCGCCAGAGCACAGGAGUGAGUGGGAGACGGGCGGCUAUCUCCCGAGAGGAGGGUUAUACUCGUCUAACACCAGUGAAAUGUCCUACCCCUCUAGUCCAAAGCAACUCGCUCCUAGCCCCCCCAACCAGAGGCGUCAGAUGGUCCCUGUCAUGUCUAAGCCCGUCAUGCUGCCUCAGUCGCAGACGCACCGACCAGAUCCACACAAAGCUGCAGUCCGAUUGGAUGCUCUGCCUCAAGAAAUGCUGAAACGGAUGGUGCCUUUCAACUCGUCUUUUAAAUCAAAGAACAAACGACAAGGAUUUCAGAAAUACGAGGACGGUUUUGAUCCCUACUCAAUGUUUUCCUCGGAGCAGAUAGCCGGACGAGAAGUGAGGCUGCUGAGAAUCAAAAAGACCGGACAGCUGGACCUGGCUCUGGAGGGUGGAGCAGACUCUCCUCUGGGAAAGCUGGCGGUGUGCUCUGUGUAUGAAGGUGGAGCUGCAGAUAGGCACGGGGGCAUUGUACCAGGGGAUGAGCUCAUGGCCGUGAACGGGAAAAUCCUGAUCGAUGCCACAUUGACCGAGGGACAAAACUCUCUGGCUCGAGCCUGGAGUAGUGGAGGGGACUGGAUCGAUGUUGUUAUCGCUGUUUCUCCUCCGAAAGACUAUGAAGACGAAGUGACGUUCUUCUAGUCUUUAACGACCUGCCAAGAAAACCAGACUGAUUGAGAAGAAGAUGUUUUUUUUUUUUUUACUAUUGAUGAUUCCUUCAAGAUGCACAGUCUGAUUUAUCUCAAUAAAAAUAACUGUUUCUGCUUCAUCUUCACACACAUCUGUACAAGUCUUAUUGUUCUUAACAUUACUCAAAUCUCUUUGAGAAUCAGCCUUGUGUCAUAUUUUGAGAUGUUGACAACAGUCGAUGUACAUUGUCACUGUCUAGAUGUGUCGUCCAACACAAGCUUGAUCUCAUUAAGAGACAAAUGACCAUCCGUUUAUCUUUCAGGAGGCAAACUGUGAUCAAUAGCACCUCUGUAAUCUGCCUUUUUCCAAAGCCCAAUAAAGGACUGCAGCUCCUAUAACCAGAAAGAGUUUCUGUAUCUGUAUUCUCUGCUUUGUGGCUGUGGCUCAGGUGGUAGAGCGGAUCGAAGGCUGAUGGUUUGAUCCCUGUCUCCCCCAUUCCUCAUGUCGAAGUCUCCUUGAACAAGAUACUGAGCCCCAAAUUGCAUUUUGUAUGUCGUUUUAAAACGCAGGACUUUAUAUUUACCUUUCACACGUUAUGGGAACUGUUGGAUUUCUCUAUAAUAUUGUACGGUCUCGACUUCACUAUGUAAAUUGCCUUGAGCUAAUGAAUGUUGUGAUUUGGCGGUAUGCAAAUAAAAAUUGAAUUCAAUAUAAAAUUUCUUGAAAAACUUAAA